CGUCUUGGUCGACGAGACUAAGAUGACUGGAAAAUUGUCGGCCAGGAGGGGGGGAAGAAACAGCAACAGUGAAGAUUCUUUACGGGAAGCUGGCAAGGUUAUGAAAGAAAGCUCAGUUUUCGGACAAUACUCGGAUGCAGAAUUGGUAGCUCAGCUGAAAGGACUGGCUCUGGAUCCUUGUAAUUCAGAAUAUUCACAGAGCAAAAUUCGACCCUUGUGGACUCAGACUAUUAGAGUGCGCAAGGCUAUGGCUAUGGCUGAUACGGAAUUUCCUCGGAGAAAGCGGAAACUGCAGCAGUUGUUAAAAGCUCUUCCUGGUUAUGGUUCAGAGUUAUCUAACCAACAAUGUUGGACAAAACUGAGCAGAGGGCGGGUCUUGCAUGCAUCUUCCGCUUCAUGCUUCUUGAGUUCAGUUGAAUCUGCUGAAAGUUUUGACCCAAAAGUUCUCUUGGAGUCAAAUAGUUCAAACAGUUUAUUGACCUUUGAGGAUGAUUUUCUGGAGAAGCAGAUAUAUUCAGAAUCUUCCUUAAUGUGUGAACCUAUAAACUGCAGUCCCUUUUGGAAGGAUGUGUUUUCUUUAGUCGAUUCUGAUGAAUCAGUGAAUUGUUCAAACCCAGCAAGUCCUGGAAACCUGACAUUCCUUGAAGUUCCUCCUCUGAAUAUGGAUGACAUUGGUCAGCGCUCAAAAUUAGGCGCUUUUGAUGAUCGCAAUCAAAAACAUCUUCAGCCAACUCGCAGCAAUCAAAAACAUCUUCAGCCAACUCGGCGAUCAAUUAGGUUGUUGAACUUCAUUGGCGACAAUCUUCAAAAAAUGGUUGUCCCUGUUGGGCCUCGAUUCCAGGCUGAGGUUCCAGAUUGGACUGGCCCUUGCUGUGAUGAAGAUUGUGAUUCUGAUAGCUCAAGGUGGUUGGGUACCCGAAUUUGGCCAAUUGAAGGCAGAGAAAUGAAAAUCACUACUCGAGUUGCUGGUAAAGGGAGGCCUGAAUCUUGCUCUUGUUUGUCCCCUGCUUCGGUCGAGUGUGUUCGACGGCAUAUUCUCGAGGAAAGGCUACUCCUGCUAUGUGAUGCUGGUUCUGCAUUUUUCAGCUGGAAGCUUGACGAGGCGGGGGAAGCAGUUUCAAAAUCAUGGACAUCAGAGGAACAGCGUGAUUUUGAAUUACUUGCUAAAACAAAAUUAAACUCAACUGGAAAGGACUUCUUGAAGCAUGCUUUGAAUUGCUUUCCCUCGAAAUCACGAAAAGCAAUUAUUAGUUAUUAUUUGAACGUUUUCAUUCCUCGACGGAUGAGCCUGCAGACGAGGUCGGCUUUCAGCCAAGUCGACACUGACGAGGAAAUUUCCAUACAUAGGCCAACUUGA